GUUCCCACAUGAAGCAUUAAUAUCUUUUAAAUAUAAUAAAUUAUCACUUAGUAAUGGCGGAAGACCCCCAGCAAAGGUGGAAGAUAUUCGUGAACUCGGCAAUGUUUGCUAGCCGCCAGUCGAGCCUGCACAAUGAAUUCCGCCAUUUUGAUUUUCUUCAGUCAUUCAUGAUACUCAACUAUUCAUCGAAGGUUGAACCAAAGAGUGAUAUAAAUAAUGCUGCAGCACAGUACAUCACUUGAACACAACUAUGGACAACUUGCCAAACCACUACAUGUGCAACAGGUUGAACAAGCCUUAAGAUUGGAACCAUUUUUGAAUUAUGUAGAAGAUGUAAUAAAUAAACCAACUGCAAAUAGUGAGUGUGAAAGUACAGAUAGUGACUAUGAUGUUCUACAACCCAUGGUUAAGGAUAGCGAGGGCAGCAAGAUAUUGAAUGGUGUUACAAUUACAAAAGCAGAAAGAAAAGCAGACAAAACAAGGCUAUACAACUUCAGUAAGGUUAAGAAGUCAAGAAGAUGGCUGAGGAACAUACUUUUAAGUGAUAGCUCAUCUGAUGAAGAUGAGGAGAAGGCAAUUACUAAUGAAGAUUUACAAACCAUGCUUAAAAUCCACAAAUACCAGAGGAAACACCAGAUGCUGUUUUACCAAGAUAAUGAGCACCAUCAACACCAGUAUUACAGUACAGGUCUCCUAUCUAACUAUGACAAGUACCAUGAUCAUCAAAAACAUUUUCUGGGACCAAAGAAAAAGAUUGCUAAAGAACAGAGAAAACAGGAGAAGAAAUUGAAAGUCAAACUGAAAAAGCUGAAGAAGGAAAGAUUGUCACCAGAUUCAAGUCAAGAAGAUGAAAUAGAUCCAUCUAUCUUAGAAGCAAUAUUAGCUCAUCGUAGAAAUGAAGCCAGAGGAGAAAAAAAACUGUCACCAGAACAGGCUGAUAUUAAAAGAAAGAAAUUAUGGAUUACCAUCGCUAAAAAAGAAAUACCAAAGGCACAAAAACAAAAGGUAGCUGCAAGGAAAGAGGUGUUACAGUCAUUAAAGAAGGUAUCACAGCAGUGUAUGAGAGAAGUGAGGAAGGCAGCCAUUCAGUCACAGAAAACAAUGAAGGAACAACAGUCAAGGGCUAGGAGAAUGACUAGAGAAAUGGUCACUUAUUGGAAGAGAUUUGAAAAAGUAGAGAAAGAACACAGAAAGAAAGCAGAGAAAGAAGCAUUAGAACAGAGAAAGAUGGAUCUAGAGUUGCGGGAGGCCAGAAGACAACAGAGGAAGUUAAACUUUUUAAUUACCCAGACAGAACUAUAUGCUCACUUUAUGGCUAAGAAAAUGACAGGUGAUUCAGAGGAGAGACAGAAUGAAAUAUUACAUCAGCUGGAUGAAACCAAACCAGCAGGACAAGUCACAGUCAGUGGUGGGGUCCUUACUGAUUCUGCAUGUGAUGAUUAUGAUAGUGAUCGUAUGAAAGAUGUAGCUUUAAGAAAUGCUGAGGAUGCUUAUUCUAAACAUCAAGCAAAGAAUUCCAUGUUUAGACCAGAAUCAGUCACUGCUAGCAUGGAAUCCUCCUUUGCAAACCCUUCUAUCAGUACUGAUGCAGACCGUCCACAGCCAAGUAUAUUUGAGGGCACAUUGAAGCCUUAUCAAUUAAAGGGUAUGAAUUGGCUUGCAAACCUGUAUGACCAAGGUAUCAAUGGUAUCCUUGCAGAUGAGAUGGGUCUUGGUAAAACUGUACAGAGUAUAGCAUUACUUGGUCAUCUUGCAGAGAAUCAAGGCAUCUGGGGGCCAUUUCUUGUUAUUGCACCAGCUUCUACGCUACAUAACUGGCAACAGGAAGUGUCCAGAUUCUUUCCUAGAUUUAAGGUUGUGCCAUAUUGGGGGAACUCUCAAGACAGAAGAAUUUUACGUAAAUUUUGGGAUUCACAGAACUUACAUCAAGAGGAGGCAUCAUUCCAUGUUGUGAUAACAAGUUACCAGCUUGUCAUCCAAGACGUGAAAUAUUUCCAGAGAAUAAAGUGGCAGUACAUGAUACUUGAUGAAGCUCAGGCUAUUAAAAGUAGUAGCAGUGUACGAUGGAAAAUAUUACUUGGUUUUAACUGCAGAAACAGACUUCUUUUAACUGGAACACCUAUACAAAACAGUAUGGCAGAGUUAUGGGCAUUGUUACAUUUCAUCAUGCCAACAAUGUUUGAUUCACAUGAAGAAUUUAAUGAAUGGUUUUCUAAAGAUAUAGAAAGUCAUGCAGAAAAACAAUCUGGGAUAGAUGAAAACCAGUUAUCCAGAUUAAGAAUGAUCCUACAACCAUUUAUGUUAAGGAGAGUGAAGAAAGAUGUGGAAAAUGAACUUUCAGACAAGAUUGAAAUUCUAGUGUAUUGUCCACUGACUACCAGACAGAGGAUGUUAUACAAGGGAAUAAAGAACAAGAUUUCCAUAGAAGAUCUCCUCAGUAGUUCAUCCUCAUCCUCAUCUGCUCAAAACUCUGCCAGUAGUCUCAUGAAUAUUGUUAUGCAGUUCAGAAAGGUUUGCAAUCAUUCCGAGUUGUUUGAGAGAAGAGAAGUAAAGUCACCAUUUUUUAUGAAGAGAGAACCAUUUACAAUACCAAAACUAGUGUACAGAAAUUGUGUGCAAGACUUGAAUGUGUCCAGUAAACAAAAGAUUCUGUACAAUAUGUUUUAUGUGUUUUCUCCUGAAAAUAUCCACCAGUCUAUGUGUUCAGAUUGUUCAAGUACCGUUGUAAAUAGUUUGUUUUCCUUCACCAAAUUUAUAGACAUAUCACCUAAAGAACUCCAUAACUAUAUGUUUGGAGGUUUACUUGUAAGGUGGUUAGGAAUUUUUCUAAUGAUGAAAAUGGCAUACAGCAUACAUCACCAUAGAACAUGGCAUAAAGAAGAUCAAAGUAAAUAUUUAAAUAGAAGAAGUUUUCUACUGUAUACAGAUAAUCCAUUGUCUUUCACAAAUGUAAAUAACAGUCCAGUGCUCAGUGAACUAGUAUUCACAAAUUACACAUCAGCUUUCUUUGGAUAUGAGAAUCAUACCUUACAUUGUAUGAAGGAAACUCAGGAACAUUGUAAAUUACGGCACAGAAACCAGAAGAAGAAAACUCCAUUUAGUCCUCCUCAUUCACCUACAAAGAGUCCCAGUCAUCAUCCACUGCCUCAUGAAAUUCCACAUCAUCAUAAAUACAGACCACCAAGGGUACUGAAAUGUCAACCGACAGAGCUACCACCAUACAUGUACUACACAAUGCCUAAGGUCAAUGUAAAUGCUCCUAGCUGGGAAUGUCAUGACAGGUCAGCAGCUUGGCAGAUAAUGAAAGAGAAUCUGUGUGGAACAUUGGAAGCCAGACAGAGUCUGUUGUAUGGUACACCAGAAAUAUACACUGGGGUCCGUUGGUGGAACCCCUGGUACUUCUCCAAAGUCCAGCCUGGAGGUCUUCUUGGUGUUCGUCCUAAACAUGGAAUGUCAGGGGUACACUGUCCAGACAAAGAGAGUUUGGUUACAGAUGCUGGCAAGUUGUUUGUGUUGGAUACAUUGCUACAGAGACUGAAGUCUGAAGGUCAUCGUGUACUUAUAUACUCACAAAUGACAAAAAUGAUUGAUCUCUUAGAGGAGUACAUGUGGCAUAGAAAGCAUAUCUAUAUAAGAUUGGAUGGUUCAUCUAAGAUAUCAGAGAGACGAGACAUGGUGGCUGAUUUCCAGUCACGGAAUGAUAUCUUUGUGUUCUUACUAAGUACAAGAGCUGGUGGAUUGGGAAUUAAUCUUACUGCUGCUGAUACUGUGAUAUUUUAUGAUAGUGAUUGGAACCCAACCGUGGAUCAACAAGCUAUGGACAGAGCCCACAGAUUAGGUCAGACCAAACAAGUUACAGUAUAUAGACUGAUCUGUAAAGGGACCAUUGAAGAGAGAAUUCUACAGAGGGCUAAAGAAAAAAGUGAGAUUCAGAGAAUGGUAAUUAGUGGAGGAACUUAUAGACAAGAUGUACUCAAGCCAAAGGAAGUUGUCUCCCUUCUUAUUGAUGAUGAAGAAAUGGAACGAAAAGUAUUACAGAAGACAGACGAAAAGGGACCAUCAAAUGAAGGAGGCAAGGAGAAAGAAAAGAAAAGAAAAAGAGAAUAUGUCAGGAAAAAGGAUUCCAAAAAGGUGAAACAAGAUGAGAAUGUAACAAUUCCAGCUGAUACAGAGUCCAUGACAAGUUUUGAUUCUAUGUCCGUCCCAGCCAGUCCUCAAAGUGGUAUAUCAUAUGGCAGUGAGUUGACUCAGCAAUCAGGAUUUGGUGUAGAUGACAGUAGUAAUGAUGCUUUGGUCAUUGUUGAUGAUCCACUAUUGGGAGGUUCAACUCAAGCUUUGACACCACCAACUAAAAAAGGAAAGAGAGGUCGUCCAAAAGGUUCAACAGGAACGCGAAGGCCUAGAGGUAGAGGACUGAAGAAAGCUUUGAGUGCUGCUGAAAUUGCAGGUGCCCAGGCAGGCUUAACAGCAGCUUAUGCUGCCUAUGGAUAUAAUUUCACAGGUACUGGUGGUUCUCCAAGCAGUAAAAGUAAUAGUUCAUUUAUGAUUGGUGAUUCUCCAAAAAACACAAACUCUCCACAAGAUUCAAAGAAACAAUAGGGCUAUGUUUUAUGUGUGCAAACAUUGUUGAUGCAUUUUAAUGAUUGCAUGUGAUGCAAAUUGAAAUUGUUUUUAAGAUGCAUUUAAAUGAUUGCAUUUGAUUCAAAUUUACGUUGUUGUUGAGAUGCAUUUAAAUGAUUGCAUGUGAUUCCAAUUUAAGUUGUAAGUUCAGAAGUCUGCAUGUCAUUGCCUAAUGCAUUUAUUUGAGUAAAUUUAAUUUUUUAUCUGUCUUCAUACCUCACCUGGAACAUUAAAUGUAUUUGUUGUUUCUUCAAUCCUUUCAACAAGUUGUUCAAUAAAACUUUGACAGUACAUUUAAACGACUCUUUUGAACAAAGUUUUGGUUAAGUGCUUUUACCAUUUCUACUUCUUUGAAAACAUUUAUUUAAAAAGAUUUCAUCAAGACUAUGCAUUGUUGAUUUUACACAUUAUUGUAAUACCUAAUUUAUGAAAACCUUGCCAGGAACAAUUGAAAAUUCCAAUAAUAAACCAAUUUGAUAUCUUUGAAUAAUUUAAUUUUAGAUGUAACACGUCUUCUGAUUGGCUGACAUUUUUUGUUUAUCUUCAAGACAUAAUUUUGUCAUGUGACCGUGAAGUCAACAACGUUUUUUCAUGGUUUACUCCGGUUUAAAAUGGAAUUAAGAAUUAAAUUAUCAGAAAUUACCAAUAUUUAUUCUGUCUAUUCGAAAUAACAUAAAAACUAUGGUGCACACUUUAAAAUAACCUGAUACACAGGUUAUUAAGUGUUCACUACAUUUUUAGCUCACCUGACCUGAAAGGUCAAGUGAGCUUUUCUCAUCACUUGGCGUCCGUCGUCCGUAAACUUUUACAAAAAUCUUCUCCUCUGAAACUACAUGGCCAAAUCUAACCAAACUUGGCCACAAUCAUCCUUGGUGUAUCUAGUUUAAAUAAUGUGUCCGGUGACCUCGCCAUCCAACCAAGAUGGCCGCCAUGGCUAAAAAUAGAACACAUGGGUAAAAUGUAUAUUUUGGCUUAUAUCUUUGAAACCAUAACAUUUAGAGCAAAUCUGACAUGGGGUAUAAUUGUUGAUCAGGUCAAGAUCUAUCUGCCCUGAAAUUUUCAGAUGAAUCAGACAACAUGUUGUUGGGUUGCUGCCCCUGAAUUGGUUAUUUUAAGGAAAUUUUGCAGUUUUUGGUUAUUAUCUUGAAUACUAUUAUAGAUAGAGAUAAACUGUAAAUAGCAAUAAUGUUCAGCAAAGUAAGACCUACAAAUAAGUCAACUAGACCAAAAUUGUCAGUCAACCCCUUAAGGAGUUAUUGCCCUUAAUAGUCAAAUUUUAACAACUUUUCGUCAUUUUUUGUAACUUGUACAAAAAUCUUCUUCUCUGAAACUGCAUGGCCAAAUAUAACCAAACUUGGCCAUAAUUAUCAUUGUGGUAUAUAGUUUAAAAAAUGUGUCCGAUGACCCCGCCUUCCAAACAAAAUGGCCGCCAUGGCUAAAAUUAGAACAUAGUGGUAAAAUGCAGUUUUUGAUUUAUAUCUUUGAAACUAAGACAUUUAGGGCAAAUCUUAAAUGAUUUAAAUGUCCAUCAGAAUAAGAUCUAUCCCCUCACAUUUUCAGAUGAAUCCGACAAGUUGUUGUUGGGUUGCUGCCCUAAAAUUGGUAAUUUUAAGGAAAUUUUGCAGUUUUUGGUUAUUACCUUGAAUACUAUUAUAGAUAGAGAUAAACUGUAAAUUGCAAUAAUGUUCAGCAAAGUAAGAUCUACAAAUAAGUCAACAUGAUCAAAAUUGUUAGAGCACCCCUUAAGGAGUUAUUGCCCUUUAUAGUCAAUAUUGAACAAUAUUUCGUCAUUUUUGUAAUUUGUACAAAAAUCUUCUUUUCUUAUACUAUGGGCCAAAUAAACCAAACUUGGCCACAAUCAGUACUAGGGUGUCUAAUGACCUACCAACCAAGAUGACCGACAUCAGUAAAUACAGUAACAGGUGAGCGACACAGGCUCUUGAGAGCCUCUAGUUUAUGUUACUUCUUCAUAGACAGAAAAAAAUAUUACAGUCAUUCCUUUAAUAAAGGAAUCAUCAUUCUAGCUUUAUAUAAUGAAUUCUGACUUAGCUAAUUUGAUAUAAUGGCCAAUGCUUAAUGCAUGAAACUAGGUUAAAGGGCAGUUAGUUAAUAUGAUUAUGUUGAAGUGGUUAUACAAAGAAAAGAAGAUGUGCAUGUUUGGGAAAAAAAAUACUGAAGAAGUCUGUAGAUCUUGCUUUAUUUUAUUGAAUCUGUAAUAGAAAUACCACUAUAUUUGCUAUUGAUAAAAGCAUGUAACAUUUACAUGAAUUUUAUCUUACAUUGCUUCUUAUUUAUACAAUAUAUUUUAUAAUAGAUUGUUAUGUUUAAGUGAUGGCUAUUUGUUUAUAUACAAAUAUUGGAAACGAUUACAAAAUCAUGGGGAAAAUAUAAAAUAUUAAAACCAGA